UCAAAAUCUGAGAGUUGCAAUUAAAUUUCAAUUUUUAGAAAAGUCGCACGGAAGAACGCGUGGAGAGGGAGACGAGACAACUUCAUCUCUCUCUCUCUGAUCGCCAUUUCUUCGAGAUUGAUCUAUCUGGCCUGUAGCUUCUUCGUUUUGGAUCGAUUUCUGCUGGUUUUUUCGUUCGAUUGAAGCUCGGUUCGACGGUCGGAAUGGAUCAGGUUAUGAACAAAGUAGGCUCUUAUUGGUUCAACCAGAAGGCCAACAAGGAGAUCGGCUCCAUCGGCGAUGAUAUUAAUUCAUUGUCGACGAGUAUUCAAGGAGGAACUAGCUGGUUGGUAAAUAAAAUAAAAGGAAAAAUGCAAACGCCUUUGCCAGACCUGCUGAAGGAAUAUGACUUGGCAAUGGGAAUUUUUCCUCGCGAUGCAACCAACUAUGAGUUCAACGAGGAGACAGGAAAGCUGACUGUCUUUAUACCAGAAAUCUGUGAAGUUGGGUAUAAAGACUCAUCAGUCUUGCGUUUUUCCACCACUGUGACUGGAUAUCUGGAGAAAGGAAAGCUAGCUGACAUAGAGGGAAUGAAAACGAAGGUGAUAAUAUGGGUAAAAGUGUCUUGUAUUACUUCUGACGGACCGAAGCUCAACUUCACCGCUGGAUUGAAGAAAUCCAGGAAAAGAGAGGCGUAUGAGGUCCUUAGAGAUGGUGUAAGUGUUGAUAAGUUUUAAAAUGUGGGAGUUUUCGGUUGGGUCUUUAUAUACAUUUAUGUUAGAUGGAUUCUUGUUCUUGAAUGUGUUACUGUAAGGCCGAGAAUUUUUCUCAACCGAAUGUUACGAUUACGUGCUGUUUUCGUCUGUCUAAAAGUAGUACACAGAACCCUUUCUAGUCGAAUGAUAUAUAAGACGACUUAACCGAUCUGCCUUUUAUGCCCAA